AUGACCGCCGACCUGAACGAGCUCAUACGGCUAAGGAAGGACGUUCUCGCAGCCAAGCGACUUUACAAGAUAUCUCCAGAGCCUCCCUCGGCGAUCCGGCUGACGGUAGACUUUUUUGUCCUGCUUAUUCUUCCGGCAGCCUACUCCUACUACAACUUCUCCACCCUGGACGCAGACGUCAACUAUGAUGCUGACAAAACAGUGCCUCGCCCGAACGCCUCUACACCGAGCAAACUCGCACGUUUUAGCCUUCUCCGCGACAGCGAGAUGCUUCAAUGCUACCAGGGAAAGUACCGGCUUUCGAAGGAGCAGGCGGCGAUGGGCGACAUCUUUGGAUACUAGGCGAUCCGGGGAAAGAUAAGUCCUGCGGCCCUUGCGAGCAAGCGGCCAUAUGUACUCAGCACUUGAGGGUAGUCUGUGGGGAACUGGACAAUAGCUUCGCUUCUAGUAUCCGGAAUUCUGUGCGGCGGGACUGCCGUACGUGUCCCUUUCUCAUUCUGCACAGGUUGCUUCAGUCCCAGGACAGGUGGCGCGGUCAGUCGGAACUGCGCGUAGCUGGCAGAGACCGCGACGAGCAAUACCGCUUCCCUCAGAAAGAUAUGGAGUGAUUUCCGAACAGACUUGGCUUGGCAUCCGGCGCGUCAUACAAAAUGUCAGUG